AUGUCGGACCAAAGCACACCAUUCGUUGUGGAAGUCCUUUCUUGGCAGAAUACAACUACCGACUUUCUUUCUUUGAUUCUCGACACAGAUCGAGAAAAGGCUUUCAAUGCUAAUCGAGAACUACGGUUGUGGAGAAGUGAAAUACCUACCAAUGCCCUUGAAACCAGGCUGAGACGUUCGCAAAACGGAUUGGUGCCAGCAAAUAUUUCGAGUGAAGGUCUGGACGAAGUAUUCGAAGGUGCCUUCGAAAUCGGCCACAAAUAUGCUUUGGAACAGUUGAGAGGAUCACACCAGAAGCUUGCGCAACUCCAAGAAACGGAAAGCGAAAAGCCCGGUUGUAUCACGCAGUAG